CGUCUUCCCUGAGGUUUUUCUAUAAAAGCAGGGGCACCAAGAGCAGUAACCUCACCAACGACUCCCAUCGCUGCAGAAGGACUCAACCAGUGAAGAUCAACCUUCUAGACAUGGCUGCAGUGAGCUUUAAACUGGUGGUGGAGACUGCUAAUGGCAACAAGAAAGCUGAAUACAAACCUGCUUCGCACUGCCACCAGAAACUCGGUUGGGCGUUGAAUGAAUUUGAAGAUUCAGUCUCAGACUUCAGUUUCAAAACUGCAGGCAAAUUUGGAUUGCCACCUUAUUUGACCCAGGUGACUUUUGGUAAUGACACUAUUACCAAAACUGACACCGGCUUCUGGCAAAUUCUGGUGCAAAACCACAACAUGACAACACCUGCUGGACUCUUCAACUACACUGUCCAGGACAGUGACGUGAUCAUCCUGCGUUACAUGGCCAAGUGAUACUGACUGUGGCGCCAUCUUCCUGCAGGGUCCUGGAUUACACUGAGUGCUGCUCGACACUCCUUAAUAUGAUGAUUAUUUAGUCUGAAUUAUAUUAAAUGUAACAAAUAUGUUGAAUUGAACAUAGAUAGUGAUUAAUUGGAAGUGAAAAAUAUAAUGGAAUAAAGGACUGCAAUUAUCUCA